CGGUGCCUAACCAACCGGAAGCGCGGAAUGAUUUCUUCACGGCAAGCAAGGGCGGAUGAAAAAAGGAAGGGAGAGGGGGGAAAAAAAACAUCAAACAGUGGCUUAUUAAAUGAUUAACCUCCCGCCUAACGGGAUUUCACAAAAGAAGGGGGGGAAAGCCUUUAAAUCUCGCAUUGACUAGCCACCCAUUUCAUCAUAAUAGGAUUAUUCUUUUGGAUAUGGGAUCUACCUUCAGGGUCCCCACCUGCUGGGCACCGUAAUGGUGCUCUUUUCUAUAGCUGAGCCUCUCGCUGCCCUCUGAAGGAGCAGGAUGACAAGAUGGCACAGCUGCUUGUACCGCCCGGACCAGACAGCUUUCGCCCCUUCGUCCCCGAGUCGCUGGCCGCCAUCGAGAGGCGCAUCGCCGAGGAAGCGGCCAGGCGACCGCGGGCGGAGCGCCGCAGCGACGAAGACGAUGAAAAUGGGCCCAAGCCCAACAGCGACCUGGAGGCGGGUAAAUCUCUGCCCUUCAUCUACGGGGACAUCCCUCCAGGCAUGGUGUCAACCCCUCUGGAGGACCUGGACCCCUACUACAGCAAUCAGAAGACCUUCAUAGUAUUGAAUCGCGGGAAGGCGAUCUUCCGUUUCAAUGCCACUUCUGCCUUGUACAUCCUAAACCCCUUCAAUCCUCUGAGGAGGGUAGCUAUUAAAGUUUUAGUGCACUCGAUGUUCAGCAUGUUGAUCAUGUUCACCAUUCUGACCAACUGUGCUUUCAUGACCCUGAGUAACCCCCCGGAGUGGGCAAAGAAUGUAGAGUACACAUUCACAGGGAUUUACACCUUCGAGUCCCUAAUAAAGAUCCUGGCCAGGGGGUUUUGUGUGGGGAAAUUCACGUUCCUGCGGGACCCGUGGAACUGGCUGGAUUUCAGCGUCAUAUUAAUGGCAUAUGUCACAGAGUUUGUGGACCUGGGCAAUGUCUCAGCACUGCGAACCUUCAGGGUUCUGCGAGCCCUGAAAACAAUAUCAGUCAUCCCAGGCCUGAAGACCAUAGUUGGCGCUCUGAUCCAGUCGGUGAAGAAGCUGUCGGACGUGAUGAUCCUCACCGUGUUCUGCCUGAGCGUCUUCGCCCUGAUUGGCCUGCAACUCUUCAUGGGCAACCUGAGGCAGAAGUGCGUGCGCGAGCCAAACUUCACCAACAGCAGCCUCAACGUCACCGGCAACAGCACCGGUCCCAUCAACGCCACGCUAAACUGGACGGAGUACAUCAGCGACGAGAGUAAUUACUAUUACCUCCCUGGUCGUAGGGAUGCUCUGCUCUGUGGAAAUGGCAGCGGUGCAGGACUCUGUCCAGAGGGCUUUGUUUGUCUGAAAACGGGCCGUAAUCCAGACUACGGCUACACGAGCUUCGACACCUUUAGCUGGGCCUUCCUCUCCCUGUUCCGACUCAUGACGCAGGACUUCUGGGAAAACCUCUACCAGCAGACUUUGCGUGCAGCGGGGAAGCCCUAUAUGAUCUUCUUCGUGCUGGUGAUCUUCCUGGGCUCGUUUUACCUCAUUAACCUGAUCCUGGCUGUGGUAGCCAUGGCGUACGACGAGCAGAACCAGGCCACCAUCGAGGAGGCUCAGCAGAAGGAGGAGGAGUUCCAGGCCAUGUUGGAGCAGCUGAAGAGGCAGCAGGAGGAGGCCCAGGUUGCCGCGGCAGCAGCCACGGAGAGCGGCGAGUACAGCGGGAGAGGGGGCCACACCUCCGAGUCCUCCUCGGGGACAUCCAAGCUGAGCUCGAAAAGCGCCAAGGAGCGACGCAACAGGCGGAAGAAGAGGAAGCAGCGAGAGGAGGAGGAGGAGAGGGGCGUGUGCGACAAGUUCCAUAAGUCUAUGUCCGAGGACAGCAUCAAGAGGUCUAGCUUCCGCUUCUCCAUUGAUGCUAACAGGCUGUCCUAUGAAAAAAGAUGCUCUUCACCCAACCAGUCUCUCCUCAGCGUCCGCGGUUCCCUCUUCUCACCUCGGAGGAACAGCCGCGCCAGCCUCUUCAGCUUCCGUGGCCGGGCCCGCGACAUGGGCUCGGAGAACGACUUCGCCGACGACGAGCACAGCACCUUCGAGGAGAACGACAGCCGCCGAGGGUCCCUGUUCCUGCCGCGGCGCCUGGAGCGCCGCUGCAGCGCCGUCAGCCAGAUGAGCCUCGGGGCGCCGCGGAUCGUGCUGCCCGCCAACGGAAAGAUGCACUGCUCCGUCGACUGCAAUGGUGUGGUCUCGCUGGUCGGCGGGACGUCUGUAACAACCUCUCCUGUAGGUCUCCUGCUGCCCGAGGGGACAACAACAGACACAGAGAUAAAGAAGCGAAGAUCAGGCUUCCUCCAGCCAUCCAUGGACUAUUUAGAUGAACCAGGGGGGCGGCCGAGAGCCAUGAGUGUGGCCAGUAUACUCUCAAACACCAUGGAAGAGCUCGAAGAGUCGAGACAAAAGUGCCCGCCCUGCUGGUAUAGAUUUGCCAACACUUGUCUGAUUUGGGACUGUUGUCCCGAAUGGCUGCGAUUCAAAAAGGUCGUCAAAACGGUGGUCAUGGACCCCUUUGUGGAUCUAGCGAUCACCAUCUGCAUUGUCCUCAACACUCUUUUCAUGGCCAUGGAGCACUACCCAAUGACUAGGGAGUUUGAUAACCUCCUCACAAUCGGGAACCUGGUGUUCACGGGAAUCUUCACAGCGGAAAUGUGCUUCAAGAUCAUCGCCCUGGAUCCUUACUAUUACUUUCAGGAGGGCUGGAACAUCUUUGAUGGCAUCAUUGUCAGUCUCAGCCUCAUGGAGCUAGGCUUGGCUAAUGUAGAAGGCCUGUCUGUGCUCAGGUCCUUCCGACUGCUGCGGGUCUUCAAACUGGCCAAGUCCUGGCCCACUCUGAACAUGCUGAUCAAGAUCAUCGGUAACUCCGUGGGCGCCCUGGGCAACCUGACUCUCGUGCUGGCCAUCAUCGUGUUCAUCUUCGCUGUGGUGGGCAUGCAGCUUUUCGGCAAGAGCUACAAGGAGUGCGUGUGCAAGAUUUCGGACGAAUGCGAGCUGCCGCGCUGGCACAUGCACGACUUCUUCCACUCCUUCCUCAUCGUGUUCCGGGUGCUGUGUGGAGAAUGGAUCGAGACCAUGUGGGACUGCAUGGAGGUGGCAGGACAGACCAUGUGUAUUAUAGUCUUCAUGAUGGUCAUGGUCAUCGGAAACCUAGUGGUUCUCAACCUUUUUCUGGCCCUCCUCCUGAGCUCGUUCAGCGCAGACAACCUGGCCGCCACCGACGAUGACAGCGAGAUGAAUAACCUGCAGAUCGCCGUCGGACGCAUCCAGCGAGGGAUCUCGUACGUCAAAAGCAAAGUGCGACAGUUCCUCCAGAGCCUCUGCUUCGGUGGAGCAAAGGGGUCUGGCCUGGCAGAGGAGAGCAAACCCCUGGAUGACCUCCAAAGUAACGGGAAGGGGAACUGCAUUUCUAACCACGCCCCACUGGAGAUCACCAAAGACCCCAGUGGGGUGUACAUGAUGGAGGGCAACGGAAAGCCAGGGGGGCUGGUGGUUGGGGUGGGUGGGGACGCCACAAGCAAGUACCCGCUGGAGGAGUGUGACUACAUGUCCUUCAUUCACAACCCCAGCCUGACAGUAACCGUGCCCAUCGCCGUGGGCGAGUCGGACUUUGAGAACCUAAACACCGAGGAUUUCAGCAGUGACUCUUCUGACUUGGAGGGCAGCAAAGAGAAGCUGGACGUAGACCCACAGCCCCUGAGCUCAUCGGAGGGGAGCACAGUCGAUAUUCGACCCCCUGGAGACGGGGCUGAAUCUGUGGAGCUGGAGCCGGAGGAGUCGCUAGACCCUGAGGCUUGCUUUACAGAAGGCUGUGUGAGCAGGUUCCAGUGCUGUCAGGUCAGCGAGGAAGUCGGCUGGUUCAAGAGCUGGUGGACGCUCCGAAAAACCUGCUUCAUCAUCGUGGAGCACAACUGGUUUGAAUCCUUCAUCAUAUUUAUGAUCCUCCUCAGCAGCGGAGCGCUGGCAUUCGAAGAUAUUUACAUUGAGCAGCGGCGGACCAUCAAAACAGUGCUGGAGUAUGCGGACAAGGUCUUCACUUACAUCUUUAUCCUGGAAAUGCUUCUCAAGUGGGUGGCGUACGGCUUCGUUAAGUACUUCACCAACGCUUGGUGCUGGCUCGACUUCCUCAUAGUAGAUGUGUCCUUGGUGAGCCUUGUAGCAAACGCUCUGGGCUACUCUGAGCUCAGCGCCAUCAAAACUCUGAGGACACUGCGAGCCCUCCGGCCCUUGAGGGCCCUGUCUCGGUUUGAGGGCAUGAGGGUUGUGGUAAAUGCUCUACUUGGUGCCAUCCCCUCCAUCAUGAACGUGCUCCUGGUUUGCCUCAUCUUCUGGCUCAUCUUCAGCAUCAUGGGCGUCAACCUGUUCGCGGGGAAGUACUACCACUGCGUCAACACCACCACGGACGAGCUCUUCCCCACCAGCGUUGUCAACAACAAGACCGAAUGCCUGAAUCUGGUUAACAACAGUGCCCGCUGGAAGAACGUCAAAAUCAACUUCGACAACGUCGGCGCCGGUUAUCUGGCUCUGCUGCAAGUGGCAACGUUUAAGGGGUGGAUGGACAUCAUGUAUGCUGCUGUGGACUCUCGAGAUUUGGAAGAGCAGCCGGAAUAUGAAGUGAACCUGUAUAUGUACCUCUACUUUGUCAUCUUCAUCAUCUUUGGCUCCUUCUUCACUCUAAAUCUGUUUAUUGGCGUGAUCAUCGACAAUUUCAACCAGCAGAAGAAAAAGUUUGGAGGUCAAGACAUCUUCAUGACAGAAGAACAGAAGAAAUAUUACAAUGCUAUGAAGAAGCUGGGUUCGAAGAAGCCACAAAAGCCUAUUCCUCGACCAACAAAUGAAUUCCAAGGCUUUGUGUUUGACUGUGUCACAAAGCAGGCUUUUGACAUUGUAAUCAUGAUCCUCAUCUGCCUUAACAUGGUGACGAUGAUGGUAGAGACGGAUGACCAAACAAAGGAAAUGGACAAAAUCCUUUACUGGAUCAACCUGGUCUUCAUUGUACUAUUCACCGGGGAGUGUGCACUCAAGAUGAUUUCUCUGCGACACUUUUACUUCACCCUUGGCUGGAACAUAUUUGACUUUGUGGUAGUGAUUCUUUCAAUUGUGGGUAUGUUUUUAUCCGAAGUCAUUGAGAAGUACUUUGUGUCCCCAACGUUGUUCCGAGUGAUCCGACUCGCCCGAAUAGGCCGCAUCCUCCGCCUUAUAAAAGGUGCCAAGGGCAUCCGGACGCUGCUCUUUGCCUUGAUGAUGUCACUCCCUGCCUUGUUCAACAUCGGCCUUCUUCUUUUCCUGGUUAUGUUUAUCUAUGCCAUAUUUGCUAUGUCCAACUUUGCAUACGUCAAGAGGGAGUCGGGGAUCGACGACAUGUUCAACUUUGAGACCUUCGGGAACAGUAUGAUCUGUUUGUUUCAGAUUACGACAUCAGCUGGGUGGGACGGCCUUUUGGCGCCCAUACUGAACAAAAGAGAGCCAGACUGCGACAGCAAGAUGGAGCACCCUGGGAACUCCUACAAAGGCAACUGUGGCAACCCUUCGGUGGGCAUCUUUUUCUUCGUCAGCUACAUCAUCAUUUGCUUUCUGAUCGUGGUUAACAUGUACAUUGCCGUCAUCCUGGAGAACUUCAGCGUGGCCACAGAGGAGAGCGCCGAACCACUGAGCGAGGAUGACUUUGAGAUGUUCUAUGAAGUGUGGGAGCGCUUUGAUCCCGACGCCACUCAGUUUGUGGAGUACAGCAAGCUGUCUGACUUUGCCGACGCCCUCGAUCCACCCCUUCGCAUUCCCAAACCCAACAUGAUCCAACUUAUAGCCAUGGACCUGCCAAUGGUGAGUGGCGAACGCAUCCACUGCCUGGACAUCCUGUUUGCUUUCACAAAGCGAGUGUUGGGUGAAGGCGGGGAGAUGGACAUGUUACGUGGACAGAUGGAGGAGCGCUUCAUGGCUUCCAACCCCUCUAAAGUUUCCUACGAGCCAAUUACCACCACGUUGCGCCGGAAGCAGGAGGAAAUGUCGGCCAUAGUUAUCCAGAGAGCGUUCCGACGCUACAUGAUCCAGCAGGCCAUGAAAAAGGCCUCUGCUCUCUACAAGGAGAAGCUAAAGGAGGGCAUCCGCGACCCAGACAAGGACGUGAUGGUCAUCAGCAAGUUCAACGAGAAUUCCACCUCUGACAAAACAGACAUGACCCCAUCCACUGCCUCCCCGCCCUCCUACAACAGUGUGACGAAGUCAGACAAGGACAAAUACGAAAAAGAAAAUCGGGAAAAGGAAAACAAAGGGAAAGACUUGAAAGAAAGAAAAAAAUAGACUUCUAUAAAAUGGAACAAACAAUGCAUCAGUUAUAUGGGGGACAUUUGUUUACAGCUUCUAGAGGAGGUAGAUAGAUAUGUGCUUGUCUGUUGAUUGUUCAGAGGUGAGGAACGCUGUGCCAGGGACGUCUAACAUGGGAGCUUAUAAUAAAUACAUGUGAGCUCUUCCCAGAGAAGGAAAAUGGAAGCAAGUUAUCCAGCAGACACUGCCAGAGGUUGAGUGGAACAUAGUGCAGCCUCUCUGCAAAACGCUUGUGUUUUUCCUUUUUUGGUUGUAGUUACUGACACUUGAGUGUACUGUUAAUUUGUCUGUAGCUAGUGCUGCUGCUAAUUCUAUAAAUCCAGUGUCUUGAAUUGAAAAAAUUGCUGUAUCACUUAACAGGUUCUCUGCAUUUUCUUUUUGUUUCAGUUCCUUUUUUUAUGAAAACAAAUGUUUUAUACUUUUUGGUGACUUUAUUUUUUGAGAAUGUCUCCACCGCUUUCACUCUCGUACAAUCACCGAGGGCAGAAAAAAGUCGACGCUGGAAACUACAACCAUCUGAAAGUGGUACAGUACAGGGUCAGUACCAAAAUGCUUCGUGGUUCAUACAGUUUGUGAAGCUGGAACAUACCAAUGAAGUUCAAUGAAUGAAUACCUUGUGUUCACUGGUGUCCCAUCAGUGAAUGCCUAAAUCGCUUUCUACUGCCAUGUUCCAGUUUCUGUAGAAACAUCCCUCUCUAAAAACAGGGAAGCUGAAUGUAUGCAAUGUGGAGGAAUAAGACGCAAUUAAAGAAACUUGGGAAAUAUUCUUGGUUGCUUUAUUGCCAAGAUUUCGAUGACAUAAUUGGCACCACUCUCGUGCCUAGGCUAGACCUCUAUAAAUACGUUAAAUGUUCCAGAGUCCUACCUUCACUAGGUAAGCUGACAUUUAGCAGAAUUCAGCAUACAAUCAGACUGUUGAUCUGAUCAGAGUGCCUGUUUUUAACUUCAAUAUAAAACUAAAGUCUUACUGUCAAACUACUUGUCGGUCAUUAACAGUAGGUGUUGAUAUUCAUGCAUCAAAAUGUUUUGUUUUUUGUUUUGUAAAGAUUUUAACUAUUAAUUGUUUUGGGCCAUUCUAAACUCCGCAAUAAUGGAUUUCCUUCAUUAGCCUAUCCUACCUACAGCCUAUACUUCUGCACCGUUGAGAUUGUCAAAGGUUUAGUGCUGAAUGUUGAACCCUUCUCACCAUGAGUUUACCUGUUUAGUUAUGUAGGCAAAAGUAAAAGACCAUCAAGCACUUUUUCAAACCGUAAAACAAUAUACUUUUUAACAACCGCAAACUAGCUAGCUAGCUAGCUAGCUAGCUAUCUAACUUUAACAGAUUGAAGGCACACCAGAUAAAUAUUUUUGUGACGUUGUAGCCUAUAAUAUUUGUGUUUCAGACUGUUGUUCCAAUCAAAUAAGCUUUCCAAGUAUAUGGCUCGACCACUAGUGACUGUAAUUUUAAUAAGUUACAGGUACUCUAGCUGAUGUUGCUAUUUCAUCAGCAUAAGUACAUAUCUAUCAGUUGACUCCAAAACUAAAUGUAUUUUUUAUUUCAUUAAAAAGGCAAAGAAAAGACAAGUUUGCCUUCUGCAAAGUGUGAUGGUGGGUUAAAGAUAAGGAGGAAAUUAGAGAAGCUUUCACACAACAUGGAUGCGAAGAUGUCUGUUGAUAACUGAACAACUGUAAAAAGUUGUUAGGGCCAAAUUUGAACCAUAUCUAAAGGGUUGAGAUAUUAUUUAUUGUUGUCAUAUAACCAAAAUUCUUUAGACUAGAGUAUUGAUAGAUUCUUGGUUGUCAGAGUAGAUACUAGUGAAACUACAAGCUGGUGGUUACGGAUUUGCUUAGUUUGUAUGAAACGUUGUGCAGAUGAUCACUCCAAUGACCAAGGGUACAAAAACAUGAAAGGUAAAAUAAUUGAUAAUUUUUUUUUAAUGGUCAACAUAGAAAAUAUGUCUUCAUGGUUGGUAAAAAUCUUGCACUCUGUCAUGGUUCCAUUUCUUACUUGGGUACGAAAUGGCAAAUUGGCAAAACGACCAGCACCUCAGAUAGCUGAGAUCUUCAUUAAAGUACUGUGUCUUCCUAAUUUAGUUUGCACAUCUUGUUAACAGAGAUUUGGCUUUUUUUAACCAUUUCAUAUGUUGGCAAGGAAUAUUGAAACCAGACCUCUCAGCAAUAGGUGCGUUGGCUGGUGCAGUACAUACAUAUAUUUAUAUUUCAAAGUAGAAGGAAGGUAUUUAGUUGUCACCACAGAAGGUUCACUGUGUGCCAUUGCAGGAGUGGUAUUAAUAUCCUCAUCUAUCUCUUGGCAGCAAAGUUAAGUGAAUUUCCCAAAACCUGUCUUUUAAGUGCGACACUCCGACCUGCUUGUUCACCCUCUGUCGUGUUGCAUUCACUGUGCUCUCUCUUAUCCUCCAUGCGCUCUCCUCUCUACAUUCCUCAGAGCUCCUAUAAACAAAAUGUCUUUUAAGUAAUGAACUACAAAAAAAAAACAAUGUCAAUACUUCUACCUUCUUUCAAACUAGAAGAUGACAAUAUAUCACAUAUAAAAGCUGUAAUAUCACAAAUGUUUGUAUGCCAUACAUGUUUGCUUAAAUUGAGAAGCGAGUGUUUUUAAUGUAGUGGUUUGUAAAUAAUAUAGCUAUUUGGGCCCACAGUAUGCAUCACACUUACAUUUUAUGUAAGAGCACUUUUUAUUCCCACCGCUGUGUAAUUCCUCGCGUGGCUGUCACACAUGUGCGAGUGUCUGUGUUUGUAUCCGUGCGAGAACGUCACCGUUUCUCUCUUUCUUUGAGCGAGUGUGUUUGUCGUGCAACUGGGCUCCGCAGGUUGAUUAUGCUCUGCCAAUUAUAAAUACCAUUUUUAAUGUAGAUACGAGUACAUUUUUUGCAAGUCUUCAACUUUCAUUUCUGAUUCUGAGUUUUUUUUUUUUUAUAUAAACUAAUUUUUCUUUCCCGCACUGUAACACCUGAUGAAACACAUGUAUGGUCCCCAUGUCUGUAGAUACAAACCAUGAAGCAAUCAGCAGCCAUCUCUCAUUGCGCUUGUAGUGUUUCAGUGAACUGCAUGCAGGAAGUGACUACAUCCGUUCAUAUGACGAUAUCAUUUUCAAGCCAAAAGAAUAAAGAACUUAUUUUUUGUAA